AUGCGGCAGAAGCACGCAGCAGCCCCGCUGCUCCAGGAAGCAGCGAACAGGACAAGUUCAAGGAGCGCAGCCGGCGCCCCGCAGCCACUCAGUCGAUCAACCAGUCGUCCUCCCCAGAGUCGCGGCUCGGGCACACGCCCGGAAGGAAACCCUCGGCUUCUGUUGGGACGGGCUAUGGAGACCGUCGCUGCGGCGGAGAGCCAUCAGUUGUCUCGAUGCAGCGCCGAGCACCUGCGACGCGACGGACCUGGGCCGGAUGUGCAGGUCGGAGACGGUCACGGCCAAGAGGCCCUGCGGAGCGAAACGCCCCAACUUCAAAGCCUCAGCAUAAGACGCCUCCUGUUUCGCUUCCUGAUAUCCCUGGCCUCUGCUCGAAGACCUCGAAGCUCCAGGCGAAGGCAGCUGCCUCCGAGUGCUCCGAGUGCUCGGAGUGCUCCGAGUGCUCUCAGGAGCGGUGCAGUGAACUGCACCACGCAGGCAGACUCUCCCAUGCCCCUGCACAGAGACUUUGAUCGCAAGGCAUUGCAAAGCCCGGCGCCGCCGCCUCGUUCACGUCGCAAGCGCUGCCCGCCAGCUGGCGGCGAAGGCAGCAUGGCCCAGAGCGACCUCCUGCUCCUGCCGGCGAGGAGCCUCCGGCGAAACAGGAUCGGCUUGUCAGGAAGGGGAGCCGCUCCGCUUCAGGCUGAAGAGGUGUCCGCCUCUCGUCUGCUUCAUAAGCCUUCCGCAAGGGAUGCGAGCGGAGACUAA